GGUUGCAAGGUUUGGGAAGCUUGGUAGGCCUGAGGCGCAGAACCCGGGAGGAGGGCGGGGCGAGCACGGAGCUCGGGCUUUGUGAGGCGGAGGAAUUGAGUUCGGAAUUGCGCGGCUAGUUUGUGAGGCAUGACCGUGCGGUGCUAAGGGGCCGCAGUUGUGAUGAGCAUCUGUUUCUCACCCCUCGUUCUACUCUGUUCCUGAAGAGCAGCAGAGAGGAGCUGCGACUGUCAAGCCAUGGCUCAGGUGUCGGUGCUGUUCCGUGAUGUGUACAUAGACUUCUCUCAGGAGGAGUGGGAGUGCCUGACUGAGGAGCAGAAGGACUUGUACAGAGAUGUGAUGCUGGAGAACUACAGCAACCUGCUUUCGAUGGUCCUGGAAUCAAGAUGUGAGGCCCAGAAGCUGUUUUUGAAGAAGGAACUUUGUGAGAUAGAAUCAGCACAGUGGGAGAUAAUGAGAAAACUCACAAGACAGGACCUUGAGUGCUCCAGUCUCCGUGGUGCCUGGGAAUGGAAUGGCCAGUGUGCGAGACAGCCUGGAUCGCAGGAGAGACAGUUCAGUGAACUGAUACUCAAUCACGAAGACACACCCACUCUCCCUCAGUAUCCGUCAUUCCGACUGCAGCACAUUGCUAAGAAUAAAGAGAAAUAUCGUGCGAGUAAAGAAAAUAGGAAGCACUAUAAACACGGCUCACAGUUUUCCACCCAUCAAAUCAUUCGCACUGGUGAGAAGCCAUAUGAAUGCAAGGACUGUGGCAAGACCUUCAGACACCCCUCAGGACUUACCCAUCAUCACAAAAUUCACACUGGAAAGAAACCCUUUGAAUGCAAGGAAUGUGGAAAAACGUUUAUUUGUGGCUCCGACUUAACACGACAUCACAGAACUCACACAGGCGAGAAACCCUAUGAGUGUAAGGACUGUGGAAAAGCCUUCAGUAGUGGCUCAAAUUUUACUCGCCAUCAGAGAAUCCACACUGGCGAGAAGCCUUAUGAGUGUAAAGAAUGUGGGAAGGCUUUUAGUAGUGGUUCAAAUUUUACUCAGCAUCAGAGAAUUCACACUGGAGAGAAACCCUAUGAAUGUAAGGAGUGUGGCAAUGCCUUUAGUCAGAGCUCACAGCUUAUUAAACAUCAAAGAAUCCACACUGGUGAGAAACCCUAUGAGUGUAAGGAGUGUGAAAAGGCUUUCCGGUCUGGUUCUGACCUCACUAGACACCAGAGGAUUCAUACUGGAGAGAAGCCCUAUGAAUGUAAGGUUUGUGGGAAAGCCUACUCUCAGAGCUCACAACUCAUCAGUCAUCACAGAAUUCACGCGGGAAAGAAAGCCUAUAAAUACGAGGACUGUGCAAAGAGCUUCAGCUAUGAUUCACAACUUAUUCAGCAUCAAAACUUGUACUGGUGAUGAAAACAUACAAGGUGUAUGUGAAGACUCAAGACGAUCAGAGAAUCUACCUUUAAAGUCCCUUUGGACUGAAGAAUGUAGAAACAGUUUACUUGUUGACCUCAGCUUGCUCAUCCGAAGAAACUCAUAUUGGAGAGAUAGCCUAUGAAUAUAGUAUAUUCUGGAAGCCUUUUAGUCACUUCAUGUUUAUUUUGACUCUGAUUAUUCAGGAUGCACAUAAUUAAAAACAAUAC